AUGGAAGAAGACGGACCCAAGGUGACGAUCCGAAACAUUGCAAAGGACGAAGUCGAGUUUGUUUUGUCAGAUGUUGACCUGGCACUUGCAAACUCGAUCCGCAGAGUCAUGAUUGCAGAAAUCCCCACAGUAGCAAUCGAUCUCGUUGAAAUUGAAGUCAACACAUCUGUGUUGGCAGAUGAGUUUAUUUCUCACAGACUGGGUCUCAUCCCACUUGAGUCAACAUAUGCUGAGCAACUCGAAUACACGCGCAACUGUACUUGUGACCAAUACUGUGAUAAGUGCUCUGUCGUGCUGACACUCGACGCAAGAAAUACCACUGAUGAAACCCUUUCUCUUUACGCGCGUGACUUACAAGUUGCACGUCGUGAUGACUCCUCGCCGGUUGGCCGACCCGUGAUUUCUGACCCGGCCGGUAAGGGUGUUCUCAUUUGCAAACUGCGCAAGAAUCAAGAGCUACGUGUACGUUGUAUCGCCAAAAAGGGAAUUUCCAAAGAACACGCAAAGUGGUCGCCAUGUUCAGCCAUUUCUUUUGAGUACGAUCCUUGGAACAAGCUGCGGCACACUGACUACUGGUACGAAGAAAGCGCUGAGGCCGAGUGGCCCAAAUCCAAAAACUGCGACUGGGAAGAACCCCCUAAAGAUACAGAUCCUUUCGACUAUAAUGCAAAACCUGACCGCUUUUACUUGAAUGUCGAGUCCAUCGGCUCCAUGAAACCAAAUGAUAUUGUUCUCAAGGGAAUGGACGUGCUCAUGAAAAAAGUGGCAAACAUUGUCCUUGCUAUAGAGGAGCUCGAGGGCGGCCGUGGCGCAGGUGGUGGUGCUGGACCCCAAGGCCCCGGCGGGCCCGGUGGCGACCAUCUUGAUGUGGACCGCGAAGGUGGUGCUGGAGGUAUGGACAUGUACGGGUCCCGUGGUGGCAGCGGUUAUGGCGGCUACGGUGGUUAUGAAGGUGGCAACAAUGAAGGUGGUUGGGGCAGCACCGAAGAUAUGUCUUCAACUUCUGGUGGUUGGUUUUAA